AGAAGAAGUAGAAGAAGAAGAAGAACGCCGAUCCGAGCCGACAGAGUAUCAAGCCGCUCUCGCUCUCCUGCCUUAAAUCCCAGCUGCAUUAGAACAUCUCCAGCGUCACAAGGGUAUCCACGCCUACACGCCUUGCCCAGCUGCGGAAGCGUCAAACAAGAACCGCCCAGACCCCGACGAAGCCCCUGGAGGUCCAGAUCUCUCGCUGAUCAUGUUGGUACCUGCGGCCGAGGGUGGUCAAUGCACUACUGGUGGUGCUGGUACUGCGAGCGGCGCCUGUGGCCCGGUAACACAGCCCGAAGAAAAAGCCCGUCAAGAUGCGUCAAAGGGCGUCGCGGAAGCGGCGCCGUCGUCGGUAGGAUUGACGAGGACGUCCAAGUUGAAACGCGGCGACGGGGCGAUGCGCGGUGGCGGCGGUAGCUUGAGAUCACCUUCAAGCUGCGUGAAGCACAGAUGGCCGCCCUGGAGGAGAGGUGACAGCGCCAUGAGCCCGAGUCAUGAGUCCACCAUGACCAGUCCCUCAGGACCGCUGAGUACUAGGUUUCUAACGGCUGGAAUUUCGGGUAGUUCAUCGCAGCUGUCACCACGCAGGGCUCACAUGAACUCAUGGCGUUUUCCACCACCGAAGAGCGCAUUGUCUGCCAUGCGAGACUUCUCCCCGGGUUCCGCUUUCAUGAGCCCGAAGUUGAGCCCCGCCGGCGGGCCCGUGACCCCAAGCCUGAUGCUUUCCAGUGGCGGCGCUAGUGAUUUGAAGGUAUAUAUCCAUGCGCCUAGCGGUUGAUAUGGGCUGGAGCAUACGGAACUCCAGUUAUGAAAUGCAAGGGAGCGAACAAUACAAAGAAAAAAGGUUUCUGAAAAUAAGAAAAUUUUUUUGCAAGACCUUUUCGUCAUUGACUGACCACUUUCACUAAUAUAGCCAAGUUCCUAAACCUAAAACACGGCUUUCCUGCAAUGCGACAUUUCGUAGCCUCUAACGUGUUCAUCUAUACCAAUACCUGUGCUGGGCAUGAGAAGCAGCUCGCAACAGCAAUAUCCAAGCGGUAGCAAUGGAACCUAACAGCCCGAAAACAUCGCUAGAGGGAGUACAAGAAGGUCGAGGAUUUGGUAUGAAGGCGGCCCCGGAAGCUGAACCCGUGCCAGCAGAUGCCACAUUGCACAUAAUAUUCAGAGCGAGGACGGGUUGAGCCACCGUGGUUCAUGAAAUUUUGUAGCGCAGGAAAGCUAACUUGUAGGUUUUAUUACAACUCGUCCGUUAUACGCGGUAGCACCGUAUGUCGGUGCCUAGACUGAGGAAGACACAACGACGUCAAUACGAAAUGUACAGAAACAGCAGAUGGCCAUUACUUCUAUUUUUAGAGAUUGCUUUUUUUUUCCCCUCAUUCCUGCGUUUUUCAGUGCUGUUGCUGCGGCUAUCUUGCGCGCCGCGUGCGAGUGGUUUAGAGCGUGUAUAUACAUGGAAGAGAGAAAGAUAAAACUUAUUAUGUCCUUGAUGGGACACAAUUCCCUUCUUGACACCGUGGCCAGUCCUUGCUUUCUGGCGGCGUCUUCGGCCAUCCGGACGGCCCAGAGCUGCUCCUCUGAGUCCAAGCUGAGCAGCCAAGUCUCCCACUGCUUGGCCGUAGUUA